CUUCAGGUUGUCGUCACGGCGAUGACAGUAAUAUCUGUGGGGGCAUACGAAAUUAGAAGAGACAUCGUUUUCUCCAAUGCGAACGUCGCGUCUCAUCGCAAAUCUCGUUCACAGAAUCUCUUUCCGGAUCAACCGUUUAUCGACAAGACGGUCAGUCUGCAAACUCCAACUGCAGUGAUAGGUCAAGCUACCGGUCAGCAAACCCUUGGCGACGUGUCCUGGAAGGACCAGAUCGUCCAUCCAGCCGGCUUUCCGAUUUUUCAUCAUCAACCGAUCAAACAAAAUUCCUUUACUCCAACAUCGUUUAGAGAUAAACCGUUUCUCAAAGACGCAGUACUAAAGAACGGAGAAUUGCGUGGAGAACGGUCGGUCCUCAGAGACAAUCCUUUCGAAGAACAAUCUCUUACGCCGGAGGAAAUCAUCGAGGGACGAACGUACGGGAGCCAAGCACCGCUCAACGGACAGUUGUUUACGACUGAGAUGCCAUUUAAAAACUUAUUCCGCGGACAAUCAUCCCCGGUUGAACAAGCCUCGUUUCAGAAACAAGCGACUCUCCACGAAUCCCCGUCCAUCUCCAACUCGAUCAAAUUCUAUCGAGAUGAUUACAUUAAACCGAUCGACUUGUACGAGCGAUAUAAAGAUAUACCGACCUCGCUUGAAAACGGGAAAUCCUGGCCACAUACAAAAUACGUCGCAGAUCACGCGCCUAGAUUAUCCUCGAUGCCGAUGGUUCCGUCUUCCGAAUACCUCCUGCCAUUAAGUAUGACACCGUCGUCAAUGUAUAGACAUAAUCCUGCUAUGACUUCUGGUAUGGGCGAAACUAAUUCCUCAGCUUCCAAGAUGGUACUCGGCCCGAUGAUGACAUCGACUAGCAACUGUAAUACGCCGGUUGACAGCUCGCAAACCGCCGUUCCAUCAAUCUCAGUUAGCGCAAACCAAUCCUCGAUUGUAGGUCACAUCUUAACGAGUUUAACAACCAAGCCCAGUUCGCCUGUCAUGGCAACGUCAAUAGCGCCGUCCGCCGGAAACACCCACGAACCAAUUUAUUUCCACGCUACUAAACAUGGAGCUGUCACCUCUUUGCUUCCCACCCUGAGCAAAUUGAAUAACGGCAUGCACAGCCAUGUGCUUUCACGCACGCCGAAGAGCAGUGCCAAGAUCAACGAGCAUGACUUUAAAUUCUUAACGCUGGAAGCACCGAAGAGCGCUGAAAUCCAAAGCUCCAUGUUGAAUUACAUUCUCCCCGAAGAGCACAAGAGCGAACUGAAGGGUAUUCAAAACUCCUUUCCGGACUACGCGGUGCCCGUGAAACUCAAACACGACUGGCCUUUGCAACAAUUCUCAGAACCAGAAACAUCGUCCGGCUACAUUCCGCUGUCUCUGGCCAGAAAGACGAAAUUCGUUUUGCCGACUGUUCCUCUCUCGUCCAUUUCUUGGCCGAUAGAAAUUGAAAACGAUGUUUCCGAAAUUCUACCAUUAAAAUCCAUAAUGCCCGACGCGGCGGCAAGGAACAAGUUGUCGCCAGACGUUGACUUACCUGUGGAUUUCACGGCAAGCAUACCAAACAGUCUGAGUACAAGUACACCCAAUGGUAUAUCUGGAAGCAUAACUGAUGGCAUAUCAACGGGCAUACCUGGUAGCAUGACGGCGGACAUACCUGCGAGCAUGCCAACUUUGAACCUCGGGCAAAGUUUACAUCACGUGGCACAAUUACGACAAACUCAAGAGGCAAGAGAUCCAUGGUAUCCCACAGGAUUACAGCUGCAACUGGGAGGUUUCGGCGGAAUAAAUUACACCUUACAUACGGGUAAUCCCACUACGAGACCGAUGGAGCCUGGGAUCGCGAAAGCGGGUUUAACUUUGGCGAAAUUACCGCAACCGCGCGCUCCCGCAUUUGCAAAGAUUGGAGCUGGAUACCGUCCUUAAUAGGAAUUUAGAACCACUAUUCCAAACUACUUGUGUAAUGUAUACAUUAGAUUCAAUAUAUUAUAUACACAAUUUAAUUGCUAUAAUUAGAAAAAAUUUCAAGAGCAUUCCUACAAAAGUAGCUUUCUAUUAUUGUUCAAUAAUAUUUAUAAAUAGUUUUAAAUUUUAUUUAGUACUAUCGAGUGUAUAAGCCUUUUGUUAAAGCUAUUUUAAUAUUUUAAUAUAUUAUAUUUGAUAUAUUAUAUCAAUAAUUUAAUCAAUAAAUUAAUAUAUUUAAUAUAUUAUAAACAUAUCAAUAAAAUUUAUUAUUUUCCAAAAUCAUUGCAUUAAUUUAUUUCCGUAAUCAAUAAUAUUUAGAAAAUGACUAUUCCAUAUUAAUUCCAGAUUAAUUCCUUAUCCUUUCUCUUUCAUUGUUACACACAUUACGUUCUUGUUAUAAUUUUAUAAUGUUUCGAAAUGUUAUAAAGUUGAUUAUAAUAAUUCAUUUUGGAUUUGCAGUAGCGCUAAUAUUUCCCAGUUUAUCAUAACAAAUAAUAAAUAAAGACAAGUUAAACUGUUUUACACGUUAUAUACAAGUUUUAUUCACAAAGCAAAUAGUUUGUGCAUGGAAAAAUUAGUUCAGAUCUGUCUCUUCACGUACACGAGACAAUAACGCUUUCCAUACCACUUGCCAUUCGUUUACGUAUCAGCUUUCAUUUUGCUAUUUAUCUGUCUAUUUUCGUUCGGCUAUUCUUUCUUUUGUUCGUCACACAGCCAAGUAUCCCGAUGCUCGCACGAUCGAAAUCCCGGGAUACCUUUUAUUCCUCAAACGUCCGUAAAAGUUGGCACCAAACGAUUGCGCUGCAGAUUGAAUUUCGUUGGCGGCCGUGGUAGUUGGUCGCGACCAUUGUCACUGCAGAUUGCAUCGAACCGAAUCAAUGUAGUCACACGUAUUGGUGGACUCUACGAGUUGCAGUAGCUUGAAAAAAAAGUUGUCACAUCUAGUGGCGAAAAUGAUCUGAUUGGAAUAAAGAAUCGACUCAAACGAGAAUACAUGUAAAAAAUAGACCAGACGUACAACUGACAAUAAAUUUUCACUAUUUAUACUAAAUUCGUUCAGAAAUAUUUUUAAUCAUUAAGAUUGGGACUACUCUUUGAAAUAUUUAAAUUGCUAAUUGUGCUUUUCGUUAGCUUUUUAUUUAUAUUCUUGCAGAGACACAUCAAUUCCUCAUAAAAGUAAUAUAAAUUCUAAGCUAUAUUGUCCUUUCAUAGAUAUAUUUAAUACUCCGACUUUCAAAUAAAUAAUUAAAAAUAUAUUAUAAGCUUCUAUACUUCAUUAUUUAUAUUUAUAUUAAAUCUUCAACAAACUGCAAGUUUUGCUAUGUAACGAGGGAUAUUUAUAUCCUGUUGUCACGUUGCAUUUCAAGUUCAUCUUCACUCGAAUUGUCAAGCAAUUAUGCAGGAUAAUUGUGUGCCCCGUGUGUAUCAUCACUGUUUUACGAUUCGCAAUUUAACAUGAAUAAAUGCACCUGAAUAAUCCGCCACUUCCAUUUUUUUUUUUUUUUUGUUACAACGCGAGGCGACUGACUAGGAGUCAGCUGUAAGUUUCACACUUAAUUACGCGCUGGUGAGAAUAAUAUAGGUUUAUCUCGUUUUCCAUCCUAGAAUUUCUUCGCGCCGUAGAGUGAAUAAUCCCGCCGUCGGCUUACGUUAGAUUACUUCAUUCGUGCAUUUUAUAGAGAUAGCAUGAGCGAUUUAAUUGCAAAUUGGAUCCGCCCGGGUGCUCUAUCGUUAUUUUUCAUUAUUUUAACCGUAAUUGAAACUGUUGCGAUUACGAAGUCCUUUUAUCAUGCGCAUUUCCCAGUACAGGACACCGGACUCAUUUUGAUACACGCGCCGUGUCGAAACUCAUUAGCGACGUUAUUUUACGCGGUAUUCAUUAAUAAACGGGAUACGUUGCAGAAACGAUAUCCCCACAUUACACGCACAUUUAUUUACUACUUUGAGGAUUUAACCGAAUCAGUCAUAUUGAUUAAUAUCACAAAUACGCUUAAUCAUACGCGUUCGUCCACCGUCGCCCUCCUUAAAAUGUAAAAAAAAUUACACAAGAUCACUCUUAAUUUAUACUAUAAUUUAUUACUUUUAACAAGUGUCCUGUUCUCUGUGUGUGUAUGUAUGUUCAUGUCACGUGUGAACAUGUGUCCUCGCGUAUUUUUUCGCGCUCUCUUAAGUAUGUAUAGGUAUUGCCUUCAGUAUAUACAUACAGCAUUUCUUAAUUCAUUUUUUUAGUUGUCAUAUUUCUCGCGCGGCUUAAAUCUCAGCAAAUUAAAGGUUCUUUCCUUAAACCUAUGCCCUGUAUAGACCAUUGGUGAUAAUAAAUAAGAAAUCCAUAGGAAAACACAGCAUCCGAUCUCACGCAUCGGCGUAACACGCGCGUACGUUACGUCGUAUAUAUAACAUACUAUGUAUAAUAUAUAUAUAUAAUAUAUAUAUAUAUAUAUAUAUAUAUAUAUCUUAUUUUUUAACACGUUAUAUCGUUCCAACACUUCCAUCCUCGAAAGACAACGUGCCGACGUGAUCGCUUCGCGGAGAGCUUCCGUGAUUCUCAUUCAAUUGGGAAUCGUCAGAAUCUCCGUCUCGCACUUCGCUUCCACACGCAUACAAACGUGCACGCAAACAAACGCAGGCAUGCUUCCUCAAUUAGACAUAUAUUUACACAGAUAUACAGUUGCUACGUUGACUUGUUCUCGCAAAUUGUGACAUCGUCUUCACGCGCGUGUCGUAUAUCGUUAUGUGUGUGUAUCGAUACAUAUCAUAUACAUGUGUCGCGUAUCAUAUGUACAGGGGGGGGGGAAAGUAUCAGGUUAGAAAAAUACAGCCAUUUUACUCAGGAAUUAUAAGAAACUUUCUAACAUCUUUCGAAGUGUCACGCUAUAACAGAAGACUAGGCUUACCUCUCUCUUUUUCCCUAUCUCUCCUCUCUAUUUCUCUCUCUCUCUCUCUCUCUCUCUCUCUCUCUCUCUCUCUCUCUCUCUCUCUCUCUCUCUCUCUCUCACUCUCACUCUUUCUCUCUUCGCACAAAUAUAUUUUUGGCUAUUCUUCGUCUGGAAGCGGGUUUCAUGCUUGCAUAUUCUUUUAGAUCGUCAGACAGGAACCAAUAUUCUUCGCCAUGCAUUUAGCACUGAGCAUAGCCACUUGAUACGCGUCUUCGAUCUAUUAAUUAAUUGGCCUCUGAGGGUGAGACUUCGGGAUCAGACAGCCACUUAGCACAAGUGCUAAACGCGAUGCCAAACGGGGAAUGAGAAUGUGGUUCUCUCGAGAUCGGUUGUGGAAACGCAUCAAGGACACGCGGAGGGAUUCAAGCUGGAAUAUCCGCCAUAUACCUGUAUAUCCUCCGCGCUUCGUCAGCGACACGGAAAGCAAAGCGUGCGAACUUCGCUAAUUAAGAAGCGAUCGACUUCGUCCGGAAGUCUCUUUACCCUUUACAACGACGUUAAGUGGCACAUGGCGCGAUCUACGAAGGUGAAGACGGGGCGCGUGGUUCCCGCGAGGGAUAAGUUGAAAGAUGAUCGGUUGACAAGCGAGAGAGAGAGAGAGAGAGAGAGAGAGAGAGAGAGAGAGAGAGAGAGAGUCGUCAAACUUCUCAGUAGAGUUAUGAAAAGGACUUAAAACUUCACAGCCGGCUUGCGCGGAUUCAUUGUGGCCAGAGCGACUAAGUAGGUUUUAUACCUUUCGGAGGUUUACAUAAAUUAAAAGAUUUAUCCCCGAAUUGAAAGCCGCAGCUUUAACUCCAGGCAUAUAUCUCUCUCUCUCUCUCUCUCUCUCUCUCUCUCUCUCUCUCUCUUCGCUUCCGGCGUCAAAUCGCAUUUCAUUCCGCGACGGAGGCGAUCUCAUGUUUCUUCCCUUCUCCUCCCUCCCCUCCCUUGAGAAACUUUAAACGUUAGCGUAACGCGGAUAUUGUCUUGCGCACUGCCAAAAUGCCGUUACCUUGUCCCGCGGAGAGAAGGAAGUUAAAAGUAGUCGACGAAACUCGCGACAGCAGAAUUCUAAGAAGCGGAAUUCAUGAGACUGCAGGAGGUUCCAUUCGCGCGACAGUCUUCGUAUUCGCAACAUUAUUUCGCAGGAAGACUUUACAAAUUUAUUAAUAUCCAUUAGCAUCUAUCCUUAUAGUUGCGUUUUACUUUAAAUGGGACAGAUACACGCAACCGAUUGUACAAGGUAGUGGUACAGGGAGAUCGUCAUUGUUAGCGGGCUAAAAGGAUAACCGUGUCGCAUGAUUCCGGACUCGCGAAACUCAUUUGACACGAUGACCCGAAGAAUUGAACUAACGGAGCGAUUUCUCACUUUUGCACAAAAGAGCCACGCAAAAAACUCGCCGAUCGCGACGAAUCUGUCGUUCGAUUCUGCGGCUGGACGUUUGUCAAACUCGAGCACACGUGUCAUUUAUCGCAAGUGACCGCACACUCGUUCGGAUUUUACGCGGCGUACAUGAAACUGCGUAGGGGAACUGCGUUUUACCUAAAUCAACGACCGAUUGGAUCAUCGUCGUAAACCGCGCCACGUGGCUAACACGAAGCUGUACGUAACGAUAGGACUGACGGCACCGUGUUCGUGUAGAACUCGUAGAGUACAUAUUUACAAAUAUACAUCGCAGGCUUAAAGCUACGUGAUACAGCAUUCGAAAAACCUAGUAGAAAGCUUUGAUUGUAGACGUUAUUGCAACAGCACGGACGCACAUAGUGCACAUCAAAACGAACGAUAUAUCAUGAAUUAUUCGCAACGUUCUGGAUCGUGCAAAAACUUGCAUCUGGGCUGAUUUAAAAUGCGUUACUAUAUCUCAAAUAUUUAACGUUCCAAAAAUAUCCAAAAAUAAAAGUGAUACGCCAAGUAAAAAAAUUGCACGGUCUUGUUAAAUUUUCAAGAGCAAAAGGGUGUAAAUAAAAUCUAUUUUCAAAAAGUAAAAUUAUCCUACAAAGAUUCUUCUUCCGAACAUGCUAAGUUUCUUAAGUCUUAACAUUUUCAACGUAAAAUUACAAAUGCCGAUUGGUGAGACAAAAAUUGCUUACCGUACACGUAAAAACAAGAGCGAAAUUAUCGUUUUCAACAUACGGUCACAAAUAUAAUUGCUCGCGCACGAGGAUAUGGAAAAUUAUUUUUUUAUGCAAAUUCAUCACUCAUGCUAACUACAACUGACACAUCAUCAAAUAGACGGAUAGAGACCGGGAGAGACCGGGAGAGACGGGGAGAGACGGGGAGAGACCGGGAAAAACGGGGAGAGACCGGGAGAGGCGGUAGAGACGGGGAGAGACCGGGAGAGACGGGGAGUUAUAACUUUAAAUGUCAUAACUUUUUUAAGGAAAAAAUCAAAAGUAAAAAUCCUUGCCAAAUUUCUAUCAAGAGCAUGUUUUUAAUUUAGAGCAUAAAAUUAACUUUCAAUAUUUUGUGCAUCCAUACAAUUAGUUUCAUGACUGUAUUUUGUUUACUUAAUAUUAUUCCUCCACAUUUAUAUCUUUUACUAACGUUUUUAGACUUAAAUAAAAACAAAUAAAAACACAGAUAAGGUAGAAUCGGCGCUUUGUCAUAAUUUUAUUUAAAUACAUCUUUUAAUUUAUUUUGUUGAAAACAAUAAAUUUUUUUCAAUUUGAACACAAAUCAGCUUUUGAUAAAAAUAUUUCGCUGGCAAGAAUUUUCAAUCUUCUAAUCAAAUUUUCCCUAAAAAAUUAUCAUAUUUGAAGUUGUAGCAUAAAAUAAACUCCCAAUAUCUUGUGUCUGAACAAUUUCAUGACUGUAGAUCUCGAAAUUUCGGGAUCGACAGCGGCAAUUUUGUUUGCAGUAGUUGCAAUCAAAAACUUACAUUGACGUCGUCUAAGAAAAGCGUUAAAUUUUUUAUCAAAAAACUUAUUUCCGAAGUAAUGUAAACGAAAACAUGCUUGACGUAAAAUUUCCAGAUAAAGGAAAAUGACGCUCGAAAUUGAUGCAAUAAACACAAUCACGUUCGGUUGAUUAAUCUUAUGCACUUGGCAUCGAGACGCUAUCGCACCUCUUCAUGAUGUAAUAAUUCAAUAAUUUUAUAUUAACUUAAUUCUAAAACACUGUCAGAUUUAAUUACUUUUUACUUGAGCUUUCUUCCUCUCUCUCUCUCUCUCUCUCUCUCUCUCUCUCUCUCUCUCUCUCUCUACGCAAGCUACUAAUUUAUUUGUUUGUUUGUUUGCUUUAAUAACUGUUUGCUUUAAUUUACUAUAAACAAAGCGUUUUUAACGUCAUGCAAAUGAUUAACUACAUAUAUUCUGUCGAACACUAAUCACUUCGCUCAUAUUCGAAACCUGAGGAAAUCACCGAAUUUUCGGUAUAAACUUGAUUUGAGAUGCUCACAUUACGUCAAUCAAAUAUUAGUUGAAACAUAAAUUUCGCGAUUGCGAGGAAAGUCGUGAAACUCUGCACAGGUUAAUCAAACACAGGACACGGAUCGUAUAUAUACUUUGCAUUCCCGCGCAUUUCUCUUGCGCCGUAAUAAGACCCGAUGUAAAGAUAUGUUUGUCUUUUUCUUCCAAAACUGACAAGUUUAAUUUCUGACAUAGUAAAAGUACGGAUAUAAUUUACACUAAAUCUGAACAACUUCCAUUUCUGUUAAAUAUAUAAACGUUUCGAGAGAUUUAUUUUAACUCUUGUCGUUCUAUGUAUAAUAGAUUCCCAUAAACAUUGAAGACAAAUAAAAUGUAAAAAUUACUUACCAAAGUAAUUCUUUCGCAUCAAAAUGCCUGUUUAUUGUGUUAUAAAUCUUUAAGUUCCAAGCUGUUAAAUAUUAUUGGGAUUUCGGUAUUCAUACAUGUCCAUAAAUCACGACAUUGAGUUGAGUGUAUUUCUGAAAUAUAAAACGUUUACAUAUUUUCAUUAAGAAACGCGAUGACGUCUCGUGCCAUUAUCGUAAAAAAAAAA